AUCUUAUCUCAAAUGGGUGCUCUUCAGGCCACAGUUUUCUUCCUGUUUCUACUGAAAGCAUGUGAGAUUAAUGCCCAGAAUGAAGACUGGAAGACUGCAACUGCAACAUACUCCAAAGAAACAAAUGGGUCAAUCAUUACAGAAGGGGCUUGUGGUUAUGGAGACCUCCACAAGACUAGCUAUGGGAAAUACAGUGCUGGACUAAGCACCAUUUUGUUCAACAAAGGGAGUACUUGUGGGGCUUGCUAUGAGCUCAGAUGUGUUGACCAUAUAUUAUGGUGCCGGCAGGGAAGCCCCUCUAUUGUUCUCACUGCCACAGAUUUCUGUCCUCCAAAUUAUGGGCUUUCAGCUGAUUAUGGUGGCUGGUGUAAUUUUCCCAAGGAGCAUUUUGAGAUGUCGGAGGCUGCAUUUACUGAAAUUGCAGAGAGAAGUGCUGAUAAUGUGCCAGUGCAGUACAGGAGGGUGAAGUGUGCGAGAAGUGGCGGGAUGAGAUUCAGUUUGAGUGGAAAUUCUCACUUCUUUCAAGUGUUAAUUACCAAUGUAGGUUUGGAUGGUGAAGUGGUUGCUGUGAAAGUGAAGGGAUCAAGAACAGGGUGGAAUCCUAUGGCGAGAAAUUGGGGACAACUCUGGCACUGCAAUAUUGAUAUUAAAGGACAGCCUAUAUCUUUUGAGGUGACCACCAGCAGUAGAAGAACGCUUGCAUCUUACAAUGUUGCUCCAGCAAACUGGCAGUUCGGCCAGACAUUUGAAGGGAAACAAUUCUAGUUAUAAAAGCUUUUGCUGCAAUUCUGGAAUAUGGCUUGCAAGUUGCAACUGGAAACUUUUGAAGUCUUAAUCAUGGUUUCAGUCUGUAUUGAGGGAAUUAACCUCAUCUUUACACUUACAUCUAGUCACUCAAAACUUCCAGCCAUCCACAAAGUUGAGAUUAUGGUCAACAAAUUGAUGAGAAGGUUGUAGAAGAAAGUUAAAAAAAUAGGAAUUCAAGGUCCCGGUUUUGUCUCUUCAUGAUAUCUUGAUUAGAAAGUAUUACAGUAGAUGGAAUCUGUAAUUAUUAAAAGUAACAGUUCAUGUACCUUGUUUUCCUUCUCUUUAUCCUGGCUUAUACAGACAAUCCUUGCUUUAUAAAUUAUGUUCUUUUUGGAGAUAA